CCUGCACAUGGCAGAAGCAGAGCGCAAUGAGAGUGUGAGAGAAUGGGAGAGGAGAUCCAUUGUGUUGAUAACUUGAGACCAUUGGAUCAUUCUUCAUCGUUCCUCGUUCUGCUACUUGCCUCUGCAUGCUGCUGCAAAGAUCGACGCGUGAUGGAGUGGAGCAAGUAGUGGCGGCGGCUGCAGCUGCGGAAUUGUAGCGUGUUCUCUGCAGAUGGGCAAGGCUGGCAGGUGGCUCAGAAGCUUCCUCACCGGCAAGAAGGCCAGGGACAAGGGGGCAGACGACGGCCUGCCGGCGCCGGCCGCCAAGGAGAGGAGACGCUGGAGCUUCCGGCGUCCGGCGGCGUCGGCGAGCGCCAGGGACACGAGCAGCGCCACGUCCGGCUGCCACGGCAAGGGCCAGCUCGCGUCCACGUCCUCGCACUGCUUCUUGGAGGUGCAUGCGGUGACGGUGCAGGACCAGCAUGCCGUCGGUGCUGCUGCGCCGCACGAGGUCGCGAUCACCGCGGCCACGGCGCCGCCGGAGGGCAGCGCCCGUGACGCCGAGGAAGCCGCGGCCGUCAAGAUUCAGGCCGCCUUCCGAUCGUACCUGGCGAGGACGGCACUGUGCGCGCUGCGCGGGAUGGUGAAGCUGCAGGCCAUCGUGAGGGGCCAGCUGGUGCGGCGGCAGGCGGACAUGACGCUCCGCCGCAUCCAGGCGCUCGUCGCCGCCCAGAGGCGCGUGCGCGCCGAGCGACUGCGGCUCCGGCUCCUCGACGACGGCACGCCGCCGGCGCGGACGAGCCGCCGGUCGCCGCAGCAUCACUGCUCCCCCCGGAAGCCACUAUCCGCGGCAAUGCAGGAGCAGAACGGGGAGAUGGACAGCGGCGGCGGCGGCGGCGCACGGCGCAACAGCUGCUGCUCGACGCCGGCGAAGGCGGAGCUGUACUACAACCAGAACCAGAAGGCGUCGCCGGGGCCGCCGGGGCUGACGUCGGACUUGAGCGUGCGGACGUUCAGCGACCGGUUCGACGAGGAGCACUACUCGGCCGCGUCCUUCUCCGCCGCGGGGUCCGAGGCGAGCGGGCGCCACCGCGGCAAGGCGUGCCACGCCCACGCCGCGAGCUACAUGGCCAACACGGAGUCGUCGCGCGCCAAGCAGGCCCGGUCGCAGAGCGCGCCGCGGCAUCGCCCCGAGGCGGCCUCGCCGUCGCGGUCGUACGAGCGGCCGCCAAGUGGGGGCGGCGGCCGGCGCAGGGCGUCCCUCGACCCGCGGGACCUCGCCGGCCAGGUGCGCGCUCCCUCGCCAAGGAGCUCCGUUGAGGCGGGGCGUGUGACACCGCAUGACAGGCCCGGCGCGUCGCUCGCCGGCAGCGAGUGCGGGUCGUCGUCGAGCACCGCGCUGCUGCUGGCCUCGGCGGCCGCGGCGCGCAUCGCGAGAUGAAAUGAUGACUCUCCGCACCGACGCGGAGCGAAUGAAAUUUACUGCCACAAUAAAAAGCAUGUUUCUGCCGUGAAUUAUCUGUCCUGCGGUAACAAUCGUGGACGGUCUAUUCUAUCACGACAUCUUCAAAGCGGACCCUCAAAUCGUCUUCAAGAUUUAAAUUGCACAGUUCGGACAUGUUUUUUGAUCAAACGUGAUUCUGUACCUAUCGAGCGGUCGGGAUGCACUCUUUUGCGCAAACACGAGACAACCUGGGGAUUUGCAGAAGUCCGAACAGCAAACAUGUAGAACUCCGACAUCGCCGGCCCACUCAAAACUCCUCCUGGACCCGGCGCCUUCAUCCUUCUAUUUUCUCUCCUUCCCCUUUUCUCUUUUUCCUUCACCGCCGCUCCAACACCCCGGCGACCCCGCGCACACUCCUGCCGGAACUCGACGAGCCAGUCACCUCCAAUGAGCAUUACAAAUUUUGAAAAAUGUUUGUUGCCAUAACAUAUCCAGAUUUACC